AUGGACUGUCCUAAGAAAGUCGUCUUGUUCAUACUCUCGUGCAUAGCAAUUUUGUUCAUCCACAAAAACCACGUUUCCUUAAACGUGACAGCAUCAAACGUCGGCUUGAACUACGGCCUCCUCGGAAACAACCUCCCAGCUCCGUCCGUUGUUAUCAGCCUUUACAAGUCAAUAGGUGUUACUAAAAUCCGAAUAUUCGAUCCGAACACGGACGUUCUCAACGCUUUACGUGGCCACCGCGAUAUUGGCGUCACCGUAGGCGUUAAGGACCAGGACUUGGCUGCUCUCGCGGCCAGCGAAGAAGCUGUUAAGGGCUGGUUUGCGACCAACAUUGAGCCCUACUUAGCUGACGUCAACAUCACGGUCAUUACCGUUGGUAACGAAGUCAUCCCUGGACCAAUCGGUCCUCAAGUGCUUCCUGUCAUGCAGUCUCUUACCAACCUCGUCAAGUCAAAGGGUCUUCCGAUCUCGAUCAGCACCGUGGUGUCUACGUCUGGGCUCGGCCAGUCGUAUCCACCUUCAGCGGGAAUGUUCACGCCCCAAGCGCGGGAACAACUAAUCCCAGUGCUUAAGUUUUUGUCUCAAACGAAUACGCCUAUCCUUGUCAACAUGUACCCGUACUUUGCUUAUGCGUCCAAUCCCAUCAACAUCAGUCUCGACUAUACCAUCUUCAAUACCGAAGCGGUUGUGGUCCAGGACGGACCAUUGGGAUAUUCAAACAUAUUUGAUGCGAUUUUCGACGCGUUUGUGUGGGCAAUGGAGAAAGAAGGAGUGAAGGAUUUAUCCAUAGUGGUAUCAGAGACCGGAUGGCCUUCCGCGGGUAACGGGGAGUUGACAACGCCAGAUAUCGCGGCUAAAUACAACGGAAAUUUUGUGAAACAUAUUAAAAGCGGUAAGGGAACACCGAAAAGGCCUAACAGUAGCAUGGAUGGGUAUCUAUUCGCGACUUUUAACGAGAAUCAGAAGCCAACCGGUACAGAACAGAAUUUUGGGUUAUAUGAUCCUAUUGAUAUGAAACCCAUCUACAAGUUGUUUUGA